GGGAUUUCGCUCCCUUACACCCUCUCAGGAGCCUCGCGGUUUCCAUGCAUCAACCUUAGCCGGUAAAGUGAAAACCAUACAGCUUCUAGGUGGCCUGUCCCUAAAAUCCAGAAUAGUUCGUAAACCUUUGUAUAGGGUCGAGGAAGUCAAGUACCAAGGAUUUUAA